AUAAACACUUGAUUUCUUUGACAGGUAAACACAGAUGAAGCAUUUCUGGAUUGUCUGACCCCUGCUGGGUAGAUCGGUGGUUGCAUGUUGCGCAUGCGCAGAUUCUGUGCACAUACAUCGGCCGGUGCAGAAGGGACAACGUGAUAAGCAUUGGUCUGGUGAGCGGAGUCUGCCCUUAACGUGAAGGAGUCAUGGCCCAAUAUGGGGGACAGAAGAAUCCGCCCUGGGCGACUCAAUUUACUACCACGGCGGUGUCCCAGCCAGGCCACUCAGGACAGUCUCUUGACCUCAACAGCCUGCACUCACUGGGUGUGCAGCAGCCAUCUAUUCUGGGAGCAUCUCCCUCUGUUUACUCUCAGCAGUCGGCCUUGGCUGCAGCCUCUCUCAGCAACCAGUCUGCUGCAAACUAUCAGCUGUCUCAGCAAACUGCUGCCCUGCAGCAGCAAGCUGCGGCAGCUGCCGCAGCCGCACUACAGCAGUCUCAGAUCAAUUCAGCUCUGCAGCAGUAUCAACAACAACAACAGCAGCAGCAGCAGCAGCAACCUCCACAGCAACCCCCUCAACAGCAACUGUACAAUGUACCUCAUCAGCUCCCACAGCCUCAGCAGGCACUGAUUUCUCAGCCCCCCGUCGCUCUGCCUACCAGUUUGAGCCUGUCCAACCCCCAGCAGACGGCCCAGAUUACUGUCUCCUACCCAACCCCGCGCUCUAGCCACCAACAACAGACGCAGCCACAGAAGCAGCGAGUCUUCACUGGAGUUGUCAACAAGCUACACGACACAUUUGGUUUUGUAGAUGAAGAUGUCUUCUUUCAGUUGAGUGCUGUGAAGGGGAAGACCCCACAAGUUGGUGACAGGGUCCUUGUUGAAGCUGUGUACAACCCAAAUAUGCCCUUCAAGUGGAACGCACAGCGCAUCCAGACCUUACCUCAGCUAGCUAACCAGUCGCAUCAGCAGCAUCAGCAGCAUCAGCAGCAGCAUCAGCCGCAUCAGCCGCAUCAGCCGCAUCAGCAGCUUCAGCAGCAUCAGCAGCAUCAGCCGCAUCAGCAGCAUCAGCAGCCUCAGCCUUUACCUCAAGCUUCCCCACAGCUCGGCAGCCUCUACAAUGAGCCCGGGAUGCAGCUGCGCUACUCGGACGUACACUCCGCUCCAGACUGCCGACAAAAUACCCAGCCUCAACCUCCUAACAUGAUGAAAGCAGGCCCCAACAUGCUACAGUCGCUACCUCCCCCAACCACAUACAGUGUUCAGGCUCAGGCUCCCCCUCCUUCCCUCCUGCAGGCCCAGCUCUCUGCCGUCUCUCUGGCCCCCCUCCUUCAAAACCCUCCUCAGCCUCUGCUGCCACAGCCACCGCCCAAAGAUGUGUUCCCUGGCGGUUUGCUUCAACCACCAGUGAGAAUGAUGCCACAGCCACAGCCUGUCCGACGUAUCGAACCUCCACCCCGUUUUCCCAGUCGCAAUGACCGAGGCCCCGAGCUCAUCCUAAGGUCUAAAGAAGAACGCAGCCGAGACAGAGACCGUGACAGACGGCGAUCAAGAGAACGCUCACCUGCACGCAAACGCUCUCGAGAUCGCUCACCAAGGCGUGAUCGCUCACCAAGACGGCCACGUAGGGUCGUACCACGCUACACAGUCCAGUUUUCCAAGUUCAGCUUAAAUGGCUCCAGCUGUGACAUGAUGGAGCUGCGGCGGCGCUAUCAAAGCCUCUACAUUCCCAGCGACUUUUUCGAUGCCGUCUUCACCUGGGUGGAUGCCUUUCCUAUGACACGACCCUUCCAGUUUAAUAACGCCUGUAACUUCCACAUUUUGCACAAAGAGGUGGAUCCUUUUGUCAAGAACACUGCUGUCUUGGAUCCUCCGGACGCCAACCACACCUAUAGUGCUAAGGUGAUGUUGCUUGCGAACCCUAGUAUAGAGGAGCUCUAUCACAAGUCCUGUGCUCUGGCAGAAGACUCCCAAGAAAUGAGAGACGCCUUUCAACACCCUGCUAGACUCAUUAAGUUUUUGGUUGGAAUGAGAGGUAAAGAUGAGGCCAUGGCCAUUGGUGGUCAUUGGUCUCCCUCUCUGGAUGGAGCUGACCCGGAGAAGGAUCCAUCAGUCCUCAUAAAGACAGCCAUACGCUGUUGCAAGGCACUCACAGGCAUAGACCUUAGUCUGUGCACUCAGUGGUAUCGUUUUGCAGAGAUUCGCUAUCAUCGGCCGGAGGAGACACACAAGGGGCGGACAGUCCCUUCUCAUGUGGAGACAGUGGUUUUGUUUCUUCCGGAUGUUUGGCAUUGUCUUCCUACCCGCUCAGAGUGGGAGGUGCUGUCACGGCGACUCCGGGAGCAGCUGGCUGAGAAGUUGUCGGCUGAGCGAAAGGAGGCAGAUGGAGAACAGGAGGAAGAGGAGAAGGAUGACGAUGAAUCAAAGGAUGUUAGUACCCCGACUCACUGGGCGAAACUUGACCCGAAAUCAAUGAAGGUAAAUGACCUGCGAAAAGAGCUUGAUUGUCGCUGUCUAAGCUCUAAGGGGUUAAAAUCGCAGCUGAUUGCUCGGCUCACAAAGCAGCUAAAGGUGGAGGAGCAGGUAGAGGAGUCUAAGGAGCCUGAGAAACCAGAGAGCAAAGUUGCUGAGGAAGAGGAGCCGCCUCGUACUGAGGAAGACCGAGAGGAGGAGGAAAGGAAGAGGCUGGAGGAGCUUGAAAGGCAGAGGAGAGAACGGCGCUACAUCCUCCCCGACGAGCCCACCAUCAUCGUACACCCUAACUGGGCUGCUAAAAAUGGCAAAUUUGACUGUAGUGUCAUGUCUCUGAGUGUGCUACUGGACUACAGGCUGGAAGACAACAAGGAACACUCUUUUGAAGUCUCUCUAUUUGCUGAGCUGUUUAAUGAGAUGCUGCAAAGAGACUUUGGGUACCGCAUAUACAAAACCCUUGCUGCUAUUCCUGCCAAGGAUGAUAAGAAGGAAAAGGACAAGAAAGCCAAAAAAGAGACGGAGAAGAAGGAGGUUGAGAAGAGGGAAAUGAAGAAGGAAAAAGAAGAGGAGAAUGAAGAACCAACAGCCAAGAAGACCAAAGAGGAUGAGGAUGACAAGAGGAAGUGUGAUGAAAAAACUGUGAAAAAAGAGGAGUCUCGUGAUGAAGAGGAGAAUGAAGAUGAUGGCAGCACAGCUAAUGCAGAAGAGUACGACCCCAUGGAGGCCGAGGAUGCAGAGGACGACGAUGAUGAUGACAAGGAUGACGAUGACUCUAAUGACAGAGACAGGAAAGACCGCAAAGACGACCGCAAGUCAUCCAAGGAGAGGUCCUCUAAAGACAAGGAAAAGAAGCAGAUGUUCACACACAAUAAGGAUCUGCUGAUGGCGUUCGUCUACUUUGACCAGAGCCAUUGUGGCUAUUUACUGGAGAGAGACCUGGAGGAGAUCUUGUACACACUGGGACUUCACCUGUCUCGUGCUCAGAUAAAGAAGCUGUUGAACAAACCAGUGAUCAGAGAGUCUUGUUACUACCGCAAAUUGACCGACAGCGGAAAAGAUGAACCCAUUCCAACCUUUAAUGAAGCCCACAUAGAAAACCUCAUAGGAAACCGAGGGUUGCUCCCUGCUCUGAAGGCUCGUGUUCAGGCAGAGGCGAGCGAGUCUGGUAAUCUGAUCGUCUUUAACGGAGCCAUGGUCGACAUUGGCAGCAUGAUGCAGAAACUGGAGAAGAGUGAGAAGUCACGGGAGGAGAUAGAGCAAAAACUCAUGGUGCAGGAUGCCAAAAUGGGUGAAGAUGCAAAGGUUAUAACACAGUUGGAACAAGCAAACAAAGCUUUAUCGCAGGAACUGGAGGAGGUGAAAGGAACUCUGAGCCAAACCGAGCAGACUCUGAAGGGUGUGGACGAGCAGAAGACGUUCUACCACGGUCACAUUUCCAAGACGUGCAACACCUUGAUGUCCACUGUCAAAGGGCUGCUGGUUGUGUUGAAAAAGGAAGGGGAAGCGGACGAGCUUGGUGACGUGGAUCACGUUCGGACGUCUCAAACGAAUGGUGCAGAUGAAUGAGUGACACGCUUAAUAUAAAUGAAGAAAACCUGAGACACUGACUCUCUUAACAAUUGUAAAUAUUCACUUAAAAAUGCCUAGUUUGUUUAUUUGGACCUGUUGUCUCCUGAGUACAGUUAUUUAAUUUGUUAAUUAGUUUCCAUGUGUUAGUUUGACAACUGUGUGUGUGUGCGUGUGUGUACAAUAGGUUUGUUAGUGAGGAGCUUUUCUUACCUUGAGUAAUUUUAACAUUGUCAAAGCUUUGAAAGGACUAUUUUCAUAGUUAAAGUAAAUUAUGUUUAUUUGCUUGUUUUUUUGCCAUUGCUUUUUGCUUUUGUUAUGGCCAAUAAAAAGCCACGUUGUAGACUUAAAAUGCCAGUAUGUGCAGCUUUUUUUGUUUUUGGUUUGUUAUUCUGAUGAGCAAUAAAUGAUGCUAUUUAUGUGCAAGAGAAUUCAUUAAAAAAUAUAUAUUUAAGAGAAGCUCAUUUCUGAAUGGAAACAGUUGGGAAAGGUUUCUAUUUUUGGGUCAGAGGAGGAGGUUUUUAAAAAAUGACAACCGUGUUCAGUAAACACAUGGAGUUUGCAGUUGUACGUGGCUGAUUUAACCGGUUUCUGCUGUUUUUGUGUGUGUGUGUGUGUUUUGAACACAUGGCUAUGCAUGGUUCCCUUUCCUCUUGGACCUUUCUGCUGUCAGCACCACCUGAGUGUAACCAUCGACGGCUGCGCUGCCACUUACAGUGCUUCAUGUUUGACUGUGAUGAGCAUUUUUCUAAAAGGAAAAAAAAGGAGACGACACAAAAAAAAAGCUUGAUGAAUGUGAUUUUCUGCUGAAGGAAUCUUUGCUGCAGAAACAUGGACAUUAUGUGUGCUUUGGGUCAGGUUGUUCUAGAAAAGAGCCACUUAUCGAAAUGUUCUCCAGAGCAGGUGGUUUUAUUUUUCUAUUGAAAAUGUAAACUAUGGAUGUCUUGUGGAACAGUAAAGUGGUCCAUUUUAA